CCCAGUCAAAUCUUUUCUCAUUCUUCAUUUCAAUCCCUCUUAAGGCAGUGGAUUUCAUUUUCCCUGAGAAAAUCGAAGAAAAUGGGUCAAAUCCAAUACUCUGAGAAAUACUUCGAUGAUACUUAUGAAUAUAGGCAUGUCGUUCUUCCUCCUGAAGUAGCCAAACUUCUCCCCAAGAAUCGGCUCCUUUCUGAAAAUGAAUGGCGUGCAAUUGGAGUACAACAGAGUCGUGGCUGGGUCCAUUAUGCUGUUCAUCGUCCUGAACCACACAUUAUGCUUUUCAGGAGGCCUCUUAACUAUCAACAGCAGCAGGAGAAUCUGGCUCAGCAAAAUAUGGUUGCCAAGUAACUACAUUAGCUUUGCAGUAUAUUCACAAAAUGGUAUGAAAACAUGGAUUGUUUUCUAUUGUAGUUCUCUAUUGUGGAGAAUUCCGGGUUUAGGUUUUGCUUGCUUCUUACAUUCUUGAU